GUUGUUUUUGUUUGGCGAGAAAAUUCCGCCACACAACUGGUUUGCCACAUACUUACUUUGUUUUCUUCCUUCCUUUCUCCUUGACGCCAAGUCUUCUCCUGCAAGCGAAAGAAACCAUCAGUUUUAAAAUUAAAAGAUCAAGUAAUCGGUAAAGAGCGAGAGAUCUGGUGAAGUGGUUGUCUAUCUAUCUGGAGACUGACAGACAAGCUCUUGAAAAGGGGUAUCCGAUUGCUCAGGGUAUCUUCUAUCUUCUGUCCCUUCAGUAAGACGCAAGUCAUCUCAAGUCAACUCAAGUCAGUUCAUCUUCAGUCAGUCAGUCAGUCAUCAAUAUAAGUAUAAGAUGUGUCGAGAUACGUGCAGCAGUGGAAUGACCAACCGGUCCCCCAAGAAGAAGCAGCAGCAGCAGCAGUACAGUAGUUCUACGUCAUCCAACUCGACCCUCGCCACUUCAGCUUCCACGGCGACCUUGGAUUCCCUGGAUCCACCACCACCACCACAAGACGAUUCUACAGCUGCCUUUUAUCAAUUUGACGUUGCCAAUCUACCAGAUACGCUGUUUCAUUCUCAUGUUCCCGUGGAAAAGUGGCUGGCUACCUGCACCACUACCAACAAUACGAGUGGCUUUCCUCCCAAUUCCUUGAAUCAGAUUCACCCUAUCGAAUGGGCCGUCGAAUUGGAACGCAUCGUGGGAUUUACACUCUACCAAUUCUUGAAUGUCUUUCCCUUUAUGAUCCUGCCACUCCUUAUUCUCUACUUUGGCGUAGCCACUCCCCUCGCUCGAUGCGCCGUACUACUCGUACUGGCAUACGUGGCUGUUCUGAGUUUCUUUACGGCCAUACUAGAGCCCGUCUUUCUCCACAAGUACCAACAAUCCAGAUUCCUCUUGGCGGGCAUGAAGGACGUUCAUCGCAAUCAGUAUGUUUAUACCGAACGCAACACUACCAAAUAUCUAUCGGUCAAAUUCGUGUGGCCCCAAUCGGUUCAUCGACCACAGUUGGAAGAUACACCCGUACUCUUUUGCAUUGUCCCCCAUGGCGUUGUCAGUUGGGGCAUUGCCGCCUAUCCCCUCUGGAGCAAACUCUGGAAUGACCGGAUCUGUCGGUGGGCCAUGGCUCCCGUCGUCCUAAAGAUACCCAUUGUCCGCUAUCUGGCGCGCAAGGUGGGAUACAUUCCCGCCAAGGCACAACCCAUUUUGGAAACGCUGACCAAACGACAGGAAAAUGUGGGAGUGGUAUUGGAUGGCAUUGCCGGAAUGUUUCAGUUUCAUACCCAACAAGAAACGGCAUUUAUACAACAACGCAAGGGCAUUGUCAAGAUUGCCCUCCGAGCGGGGGUUCCCAUUGUUCCUGUUUAUGGAUUCGGACACACAUCAUUGUACACUGUCUGUGUCGAUCCACUCGGUGUCUUGGAACGCGUGUCACAAAAACUGCAAGUUUCGCUGACGCCCUUUACCGGACGAUGGGGAUGGAUUCUAGGACCUCCUCGUCGAGUGCCCGUCACGGUCGCGCUCGGUGAUCCAGUGUUCUGUCCGCAAAUUGCGGAUCCGACACAGGAGGAUAUUGAUACGUAUCAUGCGGAACUGCUAGACAAGUACCGGGUGUUGUUUGAAACGCACAAGACAGCCUACGGAUGGCAACACAAGUCAUUGAGGUUUGUAUAA